GCCACCUGGCGGUAGUAAUGUGCAUCGCAGGCCACCAGGAGCGAAGGUGUUAGUAAUUAACCCGUUUGCGGUGGAUCAAGAGAACAACAACACGAACUCGAGGCUGAACUUCGGACUGUGCUGUUUUGUUUCUGCAACUUUCGGUCAAUGUCAUAUGGGUCACUAAGAUGAUUGUGUUCAAUAUUAGACCAUAAAUCGAUCUAUCAGCUAUCAAGUUUGAUCCACACGUGGUAGACUUCAAGGUAAACAAGUUGGAAAGUGUUUAUGCCUGCUGAAGUGAAGGUUCUUCCUACAACACCAUACACACAAGGAAAGAAAAUCAAGAUUGAAGAAGGUGGAAGAACUCGUCCCUCAUUAAGGGCCUUAAAUAUGAUCUCACGAAAGCCAGAACCUUCACAGUAACCGAAGUUACGGUAAACUGCAGUUGGAUUUUAGUGGCUCUGCCUGGAACAUGGAUGCAUUUGAGGGUCUCCACAGUGUCCAGCUGUCCUCCUCUCCGCCUGCCUCCGCCUGCAACCCUGGGUAUGAAGUACUAGUCUCAGCUGGGUCUGGUGUCCAGGUGUACUCCAACGCUACGUUCUAUGGAAAACCCAGUGUUCUGGAGCGUACACAGCGAAGAGAUAAAUAUCACUCCUACCGAGAGGAGACUGAAGAGGAGAGGUGUGAGGUUGGAAGGUUGGUAGACCUGGAGCCCGGUCCGAGCCCCCGGGUGGACGGCGCUGGGCCGGCUGACCCAGGUUUCACCAGGCCCCAGGAGGAAGCUGUUACCCAGGCCCGGAGCCGGGGCAGGGAGGGCAGCAGGCUGGAGGGUGCUACCCAGCUGGAGGUUGCCCUGGGCGGGGAGCAUGAGGACAACGUGUCCCGCCUCCGGAGCUCUUCCCUGGAGAUCAGAGAGAAGGGAUCAGAGAUCCUACGGGAACAACUGGAUGCUGCACAGAAGGAGCUGAAGCUGAAGGAUAAGGAGUGUGAGCGUCUGUCACAGGUCAGAGAUCAGCUGGAGCAGGAGCUGGAAGAGCUCACUGCCAGUCUAUUUGAGGAAGCUCACAAGAUGGUGCGGGAAGCCAACGUGAAACAAGCCGCAGCAGAGAAGCAGCUGAAGGAGGCUCAGGGCAAGAUUGAUGUCCUUCAGGCGGAGGUGUCAGCCCUGAAGACCAUGGUCCUAACCUCCACCCCGUCUUCCCCCAAUCGCCAGGCCCACCCUCAGCUCCUCUCCCCGGGCACCAGGUCCAAGGGGGCCAGCCCCCGCCAUGGAGGAGGACACACGCGCAACAAGAGCGCCAGCUGGGCCUUGCCAUUGGCCCCUGGUGGGAACUUAGACUCGCACUACCUGCAGCCAGUCAGAGAGGACAAAGAGCCUACGGUUCCUGCACUACUCUCUCUGAUUUUGUGUCUGGUUCCGGGCCACUCAAUCUCUGUGACCUAUGAACCCUACUGGGCAGAGAAGGGGGAGGGGCCACACUCUCUCAGCCGACAGAUGGACAACGUGCUGUUUGCAGAGUUCCUGACCUGGAAAGACAGACCUAGUCUGGACAGAACAUCAGCCUUCCUGGGCCGUAUCUACAGAGAGGACAUCGGCCCCUGUCUCUCCUUCACCAAAUCUGAGUUGUCUCAGUCGGUGCAGAAUGGAAUGGAGAACAACUCGCUGACCAUGGAAUGGCACAACUCUGCUUUACCCAUGGUCAAAGCCAACGCCAUAGAAUGUGGCGGGCCCAAGAAGUGUGCGUUGAGCGGCGUGUCCCGGUCCUGCACGCACCGCAUCAAACUUGGAGACAGAGAGAGUUACUACCACAUCUCUCCCUCUAGCAGGGCACGGAUAACAGCGGUGUGUGAUUUCUUCACCUAUAUCCGCUACAUACAGCAGGGCCUGGUCAGACAUGAUGCGGAACAGAUGUUCUGGGAAGUGACGCGUCUGAGGAGGAGAUGACUGUGGCCAAGCUGGGCUUCUACCUCACAGACACAGACCAGGGAUAGAGGACAGAC